AUGGCUCUCGAGCAAGAGAGUUCGAUGUUUUCCGGCUGGAUACGGUCAUGCUGGCCAUGUUUGUCCCCAGGCGAGAUCGGCCAAAGUGCUCUGCGAGCCGAGAACAGAGGUGUCGAACGGGAGAUGCAAGUGUGCCAUAAUCAACCGCACCUCGUGCCUCCCAUGAAGCUGGUGGUGUACGAGGACCUUCCGAGCCCGAGUAUAGAUCAUAAACGACACAACUCGCUGUCCUCGUGGAUCUCCGAUGGCAGGACCCUGGCCUCGCGGGCAUCUACUCAAGCAAGCAUGUCGUUCAAGAGACAAUCUACGGUACCAUUGAAGAUUGGCGCGCCGUCGGAUUUCCGCAGAGUCGAAGGCUUCUCAUUCCAGCCUUCUACUCCUCGUACACCUCCUAUACCGAUCAAGUAUCAGCCCCUGGAGCUGAGUAUCUAUCGGUCCGGUAACCGCUUGUCAGACCUGCCCGAGUUCGAUGACUUCGAGUUUGCUGAGGACCGUCAUCGCCAGACAUUGGCUGUACCACCGCGCACGCUCUCUCCUACUGGUGUUCGAGCCCAACGCUGCCAGUCAGCCAACGCGAGGUUAUCCAUGUCUCGGAAGCCUGUCGGUUCUGGUAACCGCAGGUCCUUCAGAAAGUCAGACUACUUCCACGAACGAGCUCAGCCGGUUCACAUCACAAGUGCUCUGGUCCCUCAUUUCACUCUUGUGCAGCCCGUCCAGACUAUUGUCUCGGAGGGUGAAUUGGUCCCGGUGACUGCACUUGUCGAGCCUAUGUUGAACGAACGCCAGCUCAAGCUUGACUCCGAACGGCCCGAUGGUGUAACCAGUGAACAGGUGUCUAUAGAAGCAGAGCCUCAGACUCCCCUUCCAACGGACCAAGACUGCACAUCCGACGAUUCCUUCAAGACAUUUUCAUUUCCUCGGGACUCUCCCUCGUCAGUCAGUUCACGCACAAUGCCAUCGCGCAAAUCGUCACUGCACCGUCCACCGACGUCGGAGAAUCGCAAUACCAUUGCGGAGGCCCCGAUGCCCAAUCGCGUAACCCAAUGGUUCUUCUCCAACGACCCUCCAUCACCCCAACAAGUCUCUCUAACUGGCGAGGAUGGAUUCGCAUGGGAGCGAACACGUACAUUGAGCGGCAGCACCGUCGCCUCAAUCGUCACUACUACCAUCACUGGCGGCCCACCGACUCGGCAGCACAAAGCUUCUAUCUCUAGUACUUUCACUAGUGACACUACCCCGCGAGCCUCGAUUCAUACCCCUUCACGAGCAGGGGACAAGGACUUCGAGGCUAUUUUGAGCCACCCUGCUAUCCCUGAGGGCCGGCCACAACAUCAUCCUCUCGCACCGUACAAAGGCGAACCUUUUCGAUACGACCACUCUACAGUUGGAUUGGCUUUCUAG